CGGUUCCAUGUAAACUUGUUAAAUAGCCACACAUAGCCAACAUUAAGUCUUUCAUCAACACAACUUCAACUUACUACUUCACUAGAUAUCGAGUUUGAGAUUCAUAUACUUGAAAAUGCCCAAGGUUUUACUUACCGGUGGAUCAGGCUUCAUUGCCGCCCACGUCCUUGACAUCCUCCUUAAGAAAGGAUAUGAAGUAGUAACCACAGUGCGAUCCGAAACCAAGGCUUCUCAGAUUCGCGCCAAAUACCCAGGCGCGAAGCUCUCGGUAGCCAUUGUUCCGGACAUCGCGGCGCCAAACGCCUUCGACUCUGUGAUUGCGAGCGAGCCGGGACUCGACUACGUUCAGCACACUGCCUCCCCUUUCCACUUCAACUGGAAGGAUGCGCGCACGGAACUCCUGGACCCGGCUAUUGAGGGCACAAACUCGGUACUCCGCGCCAUCAAAAAGCAUGCGCCCGGCGUGAAGCGCGUGGUGCUCACAAGCUCUUUCGCCGCCAUCAUCUCCGAAGCCAACCUAGCCAACCCGAACAAGACCUUCUCAGAAGCAGACUGGAACCCGAGCACGUACGAGGAUGGGCUAACGGGAUCGCCGGCGACAUCCUACCGAGUCUCGAAGACUCUUGCCGAGAAGGCAGCCUGGGACUUCGUCAAAGACGAGAAGCCCAGCUUCGACCUUGCUACCAUCUGCCCGCCAAUGGUAUUCGGCCCCGUAGCGCACCACCUAGACUCUCUCUCCGGGAUCAACACCUCCAACUCGCGAAUCGCAGACCUGAUCCACGGAAAAUGGAAGUCCGAGAUCCCCGCAUCGGGGGUAUUCCUCUGGGUCGACGUGCGGGACGUCGCGAACGCGCACGUGAACGCAAUGGAGCUGCCCGAGGCAGGCGGACAGCGGUUCUUUACUACGGCGGGGUACUACGACAACGUGCAGAUCGCGAAGGCGGUGCGAGGGGCGUACCCGGACCUAGCGGACAAGCUGCCGACGGAGGCGACGCCGGUGGCGAAGGGAGGCGCGUUGCCGGCUGAGGGCACGUAUAAGUAUGAUAACAGUCGCGCGACGAAGGUUUUGGGGAUCGAGUGGAUUCCGUUGGAGAAGAGUGUGGCGGAUACUGUUAAGUCGUUGUUGACGAUUCCUGCUUGAAUAGAUUAGCUCGGCGCGGAUACUUACGUACCUAAGUACUAGGUAGGCAUGGAUGAUCUGUUAGUAAAUUGGAUAGAGCGUUUCGGAGAAUAGAGCAAAGAUAAGAUAUUGUGAAAAGAAUAAGAAAUAUACAUUCGGUAUAUUCUAU